AUGGCGCCCUCACCGCAGGAGCUAUCUCUGCUCCUCGACCCACUGGUCCCCGAGUCUCUCACUCACAAUACUCGCACGCUCUCCAACAUCCGCUCCAUCUCCGGCCUCCUUCUCGGCAUUGCAGCCGGCAUUCUGGGUCUCGAAUCCCUCUACGGUUUCGGCUUCUAUCUGCUGUGCAACACCCUCAUCUCCGCACUGUUCUAUUUCCUCCUCGUAAAGGGCCAGCCGCAAAGGUAUUUUGCGGGGACAGCUGGGUCAAGAGGCGUGAAUGAAGAUGGGAAGAAGGGCAGAAACGAAGGAACAGGGGCGUGGAGAGAGAUUUGGCUCGGAGGAGGCCUGUUUACAGAGGCGUUGAGUGGCUUUGUGCUUGGAUGGGCUGGGGUUGGCGGUGUGAUAAGAUAG